CAAGGGCCGCACCCGCUCCAAGGGGGGGGUGGGGCGGCGGGCCCGAGCUCCUCGAGCACAAGAGGGUCCUUUUGGGGCUCCUCGCGCGCCGCCGAUGCCGUGGGCCGCGCGCGGGCGCGCCCGGCCGCGCUGCCCGCCCCGCGGGAGAUGGAGAUCCGGGAAUACAGGGCACGCGACGACGCGGCCUGCAGGAUACUAGAGGCCAGGGCCUCGGGGCAGACCCCGCCCUGGAUCGCGCGCCUUGUUGACGGCGCCUUCAUCAACUUCGCAGCCUUCGACGCGCGCGUGGCCCAGUUCGAGGAGGGGGGCCUGGCCCUGGUCGCGGAGGCCCACAGGCCCGCCGGGGAGAUCGUGGGCACCGUGUGCGGGGCCGUGAAGUGCCUGUGGCUCGGGGGGCGGAAGGUGAAGGUUUGCUAUGUCUUCGACCUCCGCGUGGCACCAGAGGCACGUCGCGGCGGGCUUGGGUACAGGCUCAGCCAGGAGGUGGAGCGCCUCGCGCGGGAGCGGCGGGAGCGGCUCCUGCAGCACGAGACCCUGGAGUGGUGCAAGGCCCAGGUCAAGACGAUCCAGGCGGCGAACGAGAGCGUCCCCGACUGGAUGGACAAGAUCGUGGAGGACGACCGGAAGAGGGGCCAGAUGAAGUGGGCGGCCGCGGAGAUGAAGAGGCUGAAGGCCGAGGGCAAGGAGGUGCCUCAGUGGAUGGACUGGGCGGCGGCCGAGAACGAGAAGUGGGGCAACCGCUGGGCGGCCUGCAAGGCCGCGGAGCUCCAGGCCGCGGGGCAGGAGCCGCCCACCUGGAUGGCCGAGAACGGCAGGAAGGGGAUCUUGGAAUACGCGGCCGAGAAGCAGAAGGACCUCGAGGAGCAGAUCGACGAGCUGGAAGACGAGAUGGAGGAGGAGGAGGCGCUCGUUCAGGCAGACGGGAACACCACGCUGGCGGAGGAGAAGAGGCUGGCGAUGGAGAAGGCGGUCUACCGGAAGUCCCCCCACCAGCAGCUCGAGGCACUGCAGGCGGCGCUGGCGGGCGUGGACGAGUCCGAGGACGCCUGGAAGGAGGGCACGGACGCCUCCCCCAAGCAGCUGAAGCACGCCCUCAAGAAGGCGCAGCACGCGAGCAUCAUGAUGGAGAAGAUCUUGGCCAGGCUGCAGAAGGCUCGGGAGGCGGAGGAGCAGCAGUCCGCGGCGGCAGACCCGGAGCCGGUGGUGGACGUGACCGCCGAGUGA